CUCUGACUUUUCUUCGUUUCCUUUCCGUGGAACAGAACAAAGAGCAGAGCAGCUGCUCCGCCUUCACUUUCUCCAAUCUCAUUUUCAUCUCAUUUCAUCCCAUCCACGCCAACGGACGGACGGACCCAUCUCUUCCCCAAUUUCGUCGUCGCCGUCGUCUUCUUCUUCUUAUUUCUUCUUCUUUCCGUGUCCGUCCACCAUUGCUGCUUAUUUCUUUCUUUAUUUGUUUCUUGUCAUCAAUCUACCUAUCCUAUCUAUUAUCUUCUUCUUCUUCUUCUUCUUCUUAACACUGAUUGACAAUGUGGCUUGGGAUCUCCAACUCCAAGCAAGCACAAGGACAAGGAGCACUGGUCGUCAUGCUUGGCCUCUUCACCAUAUCCAUAUCCAUGUCGAUGCUGCCUCUGGCCGCACCCACCAUCCACCACGAAGGAGGCGCUCAAGGCGGAGGGGGGAGACCAAACCCAGCCAACGCGCUGGUAGCGCUGGUGAACGCCGACCGGGCAGCCGCCAAGCUACCCGCCCUCCGCACCACCAGGGGCCUCGGCUGCAUGGCGCUACAGUGCAUCGCCCGCUGCCUCGCCCUCUCCCCCGCCACCGCCUGCGCCGCCGACGGCACGCUGGCGCCGCCCUGCCACCCGCCGGAGACCGACAUCACCGAGGUCUACGCCGCCAACUGCGGGGUCGAGCUGCCCACGGUGGACGUCGUCUCCGGCCGCAUCCUCGGCUGCAGCAGCCAAAGCUCCGACGGCGUCAGCGGGGACGCGCUCCACAUGGCCAACGCCACCGUGAUCCGCGGCAGGGAGCACGCGCAGGUGGGCGCCGGCGUCGACCGCGGCGGCUUCUGGUGCCUCCUCUUCAGCAGCGGCAGCCCCAACUCCAGCUUCCGGCUGGAGGCCGCCGGCAGGGGCAUCGCCCAGCAGCACGGCUGCUUCAGCGACCCCGACGUCACCCUCUCCUGCACCACCUCCGCCGCCCACCACCAAACCAGACGACUCACCGCCGGAGACACAUCCUUUGCCUUGGCUGCUUCCACUCUGCUUUUCCUCCUCCAGUCUAGUCUAGUCUAGUCUAGUAAUGAACAAACUGUCUGUACCAACUGAAUUGUUAAGCUAGCAGAGACACCCCAGAAGAUACUAGUAUUACUCGGACUUGUAAUUUUGCUAUUCAAACAGUCUGUCAGUCAGUGAUGA